AUGGGCGCCACUACUCGAGGUACUCCCUUGGCGGGCCCAGAUGUCAUCAUUAACUCAGUCGACGCUUACCAGAUCCGCCUUGCCGUGACAGGCACCUCCUGCGAUAAAUACCCAGCCAAGCAGCAUGCGCGCAACGUUGCCCGCAAACUCGGCGCCUCCCACGGCUUGAUUUUCAUCGCCGGCGAACCCACAGCUUUAUUGCGCGACUCCGAUCAAGAGCGCCCCUUCCGACAGCGACGAUAUUUCUACUAUCUGAGUGGUGUGGUUGAGCCGGAAUGCGCUCUAACCUACGAUAUCAGCUUAGACCUCCUGACGCUCUAUGUGCCGGAUUUUGACCUUCAUCGGGCCAUAUGGAUGGGUCCCACUCUGACUCGGGAGGAAGCAAUGGAUAAUUAUGAUAUCGAUCGCGUCCUUUACCAAUCGUCGCUCCAACAGGAAAUAGGAUCAUGGCUGAGCGAACGAGUGCAGAGCAGCUUGUUGUAUAUGGUGCAUGCGUCGGAGCUCCCGAAGGGGCUACCAGCAGAAUUGCCACUGGACUCGUCGCAGCUCCUGCCGGCCAUGAAUGCAGCCCGAGGGAUCAAGGACGAAUAUGAGAUCCGAAUGAUUCGUAAGGCAAACCAGAUAUCUGCGCUGGCGCACCGAAAGGUUCUGGAAGGCAUCCAGAAGAUGACGAAUGAAUCACAGAUUGAGGGGCUCUUUCUUGACACGUGCGUUUCUCAUGGUGCUCGGAAUCAGGCAUACCAGAUUAUCGCAGGUUCAGGACCGAACGCAGCCGUUCUUCACUAUUCUCGGAACAACGAGACUCUUGCUGGGAAACCUCUUGUAUGUCUUGACGCUGGUGCUGAGUGGGAGUGCUAUGCUAGUGAUGUGACCCGGACAUUCCCCCUCAAGGGUGAAUGGCCCAGCAAAUAUGUAUCAGACAUUUAUAAGCUGGUCGAGCGGAUGCAGGAAGAGUGCAUCAAGGGAAUCCGACGAGGCACCCGCUUUCUCAAUUUACAUGACUUGGCCCAUGAUAUCGCGAUAGAUGGCCUGUUGGCUCUUGGCGUCUUGAAGGGUGGCUCACAUGCGGAGAUUCGUGCAUCAGGUGCAUCAAAGGUUUUCCUCCCUCAUGGACUGGGUCACCAUGUUGGGCUCGAGGUCCAUGAUGUUUCCGAGUCGGAGAUCAUGGCCAUGUACCCCGGACUCGACCAAUCUCAUUAUGGCCCGGUCAUGAAUUAUGCAGUUUGUCGGUCCCCUUGUACAGUGUCUGCCCCCUUGUUAGAAGAGGGCAUGGUGGUCACUGUUGAGCCGGGACUCUACUUUUCACCCUUGGCUCUUGCCAAUGCCCGUAAGCAGCCUCUUGCUAAGUAUAUUGAUUUCGAGGUUGCGAACAAAUAUGUUCAUAUCGGUGGUGUGCGUAUUGAAGAUGAUAUCCUCGUUACGGCGAAUGGUUACGAGAACCUUACUACUGCACCGAAGGGAGAAGAAAUGCUCGCAAUUAUUCGGGGCUCUUCGCAGGAUUGUUAG